AUGGCGGCAGGGAUCGAGGCGACCAUGAUCAGAGAGACCCGGACUUCCAGCUUCUAUCCCACCGAGAACAAGAUGCGGCCCCGAAACCAGGUUCGUGCGAUCUGGCAUGUCAAUGUGCGCAACUUUGAGACUGACCAACGUGUAGGUGCUGAACUUGUCAGCGCCGCCCUGUCCGAACUCCGAAAAGUCCAGAAAUCGCCUCACCACCGAGCUCGUCGAUCUCCAGGUGUGAUGUCAACAGUGUUACAAUUCGCUAUGAAGGCGAUUCCCACAGGCCCCGCCAAAGCGCCAUCGCACGGGCAGACGACGAGCGCACCGGUAAAUGGGCCGCUGGCUAAUGCCGUGGAGUUACUUGAGCAGGCUGCUAAGCAGAAUAACUCUGAUGCUUUGCUGAUACUGGCCGAGAUGAACUUCUUCGGAAAAUACAACUACCCCAGAGAUCUCCAUGUCGCUUUCAGUAAGUACAGCGAACUUUCUGACAUUCAUGGCAAUGCGACUGCGCAGUACAUGUUGGGUGUCUAUUACUCGACGGGGCUAGCAGGCGUUGUCCCGGCAGACCAGGCAAAGGCAUUGCUGUAUCAUACUUUCGGAGCUGCCAAUGGUGACUUGCGGUCGGAGAUGGCUAUAGCCUUCCGUUACUUGGCUGGCAUCGGGACCGUGAAGAACUGUGAGAAAUCAGUUGGGCAUUAUAAAAAUGUCGCCAACAAGGCUAUUGACUGGUACCGGUCAGGUCCUCCUGGAGGUCGAUCCUGGAUCCAACAGAGCUGGCGAAUCUCGGAUGACGACGGCGGUAUCUAUGGAGAAGGAGCAAGCGUGUCCAGCGCAGGAUUGAACGCUUUCCGACCCAACCCUAGCUCUGAUGCGAAUGCUGCCAUUGGUGAUGUUAUUGAGUAUCUGGAUCUGAUGUCUCAGAAGGGAGACUUCAAAGCUGCCUUCAACCUGGGAAGAACAUAUUACGAGGGACAACGAGGCCUGGACCAAAACCUGGAACUCGCAAAGAAGUACUUCUUUCUGGUAGUAUCACGCUACUGGAAGCGAGAUGGGACCAGGAUCGACAACUUCAAGCAAGGCAUCGAGAAGACUGCCGGCAAGGCGGCGGCAUAUAUCGGAAGGAUGUACUUGCGCGGAGAGGGUGUAACACAAAACUUCGAAAAGGCCAAGAUAUGGUUCGAACGUGGCAUUUCUCAGACUGAUCCCAUGGCAUACUAUGGACUUGGAUUAAUCAACCUCAAUGGACUUGGUGUCAAGAAGAAUGUGAAGAGAGCCAUGGAUCUUCUCAAGAAAUCCGCCGAUCAGGACUAUGCUCCUGCGCAAGUUGAGAUGGGACGCUUGUAUCUUGAUCAAGGCGGAGUUGAUGACCUCCGAACAGCCAACAAUUAUUUUGAGCUCGCUGCCAGAUACGGCAAUAUCGAGUCCGGCUACUACAUUGCGGAGAUGGUAAACAACGGAGUAGGACGGGAGUACAUUUGCUCCGUCGCUCUGAGCUUCUACAAGCUUGUAGCAGAAAAAGCAGAACCGCUCGUUUCUACAUGGGACGAUGCAAACGCGGCAUAUGAGGAAGGGGACUUCGAGCGAGCCUUCCUGGAGUAUUUACUGGCCGCUGAACAGGGUUAUGAAAAGGCCCAGACGAACAUCGCCUACAUGUUAGAUACGGAACGGUCAAAGCUGCCUAUCCAAUCCUGGGCAGCUAAAGCCAUCGGGCAGAGCAAGCCCCAAGAGGGAAACCUCCUGAACAAUCCCACCCUGGCAUUGAUUCAAUGGACAAGAUCAUCUCGCCAGAAUAAUGUUGAUUCGACGGUCAAGAUGGGAGACUAUUACUUCUAUGGCAUUGGGACGGAGAAGGACAUCAGCAAGGCAGUGCAAUGCUACACCGCGGCAUCAGAUCAUUCCCAAAGCGCACAAGCUCUGUUCAACCUGGGCUGGAUGCACGAGAACGGCUUCGGGUUGGACCAAGAUUUCCACCUGGCCAAACGAUACUAUGAUCAUGCUCUGACUGUAAACAAGGAAGCAUACCUUCCGGUGACCUUGAGCCUAUUGAAGCUUAGGCUGCGUAGUGCGUGGAACACAGUGACUCAUGGACCAAUCCACUCCAUACAGGACGAGCCCAAAUUGAAAAAGGACUGGUCUCUGGGUGAGUGGAUCGCGAAUUUCAUCAAAGAUGACAGGUAUUUCGAUGAAGAGAUACGCCUUGAAGACAUUGUCGACGACCCGAUCGGUACUGGAGAAGGCGAUUUCCAAGACGAUGGAGUGAUUGAGAGCCUUCUCAUCAUUGGCGUUAUGGCCGCCCUGGUAUUCCUGCUCUGGUGGCGUCAACGGAUGCAGCAGGCUCAUGCCCAGGCAGAGGAGGCGGCGAGACGUCGGGCUCAGGGAUUCCCCCCCCAAGGACAGCAGGUAGGAGGCCCAGGAAACAAUCUAAACCCAGAUGAUGGCUUUGCCGCGUGGGCUGGGGGUGGUCUGGGAUUGUGA